CCCUAAUAAGCCAUCACAAACUAUGACAAGGACUUCUUUAACAUAUUGCAUCCGGUUUAAAAGCACAUUGCAGAAGAUUUAGAAAAAUUGAGGGCAUUUGCAUAAACGGACGGUCUGCACAGUUCCACGCUCCAGUGCAACAUGGAUCUGCCACCCAUCAGAGGUUCAUCUGAUGUACCGUGAGCAUCGGCGUUGGCCUGCAGCCUCACUGCCGCCCAGCGGGGCCCAGCGACAUGGACCCCGCACAUUCCUUUAGGAUGGAGCUGGAUGGGCUGGACCCCCAGCAGGUCCCAGUGCUGUCGCUUGAUCAAAUCCGUGCCAUCCGGGCCCACAAUGACUACGUGGAUAGGCCCGUGGCGCUGGAACUCGCUUCUCAAUCUGGAAUUUUCUACGCCCACGAUGAGCGUCACCCGCACGGAAUAUAUUCCCAGCAUCCUCAGCAGCCCCGCCACUCGGUCAUGCCCCGCAGCCAAAGUCAGCAGCAGCAUGCUCACAUGUCCCACUUAAGCCGUUCCAGUACUGUAAGCUCCUCCAUGUCUCGGACCAGCGCCGGCUCAGACCAGAGGCUGCUGGCGGGGUUGACGCAGUCGCACUCCGGCUUGGCCUCGGUGGUUCGCUCUCAACCGAAAAGAGAACUCAAGUCCGACACUUCUCUGAGCAAAAUCCUGGCAGAGGAUGAGCUGGGCAGGCACCAGUUUAUCUGCGAGCGGUGUGCUCGUUGUAAGUGCAAAGAGUGCUGCGCCCCACGCCGCCUACCCUCCUGCUGGGCCUGCGGACAACGCUGCCUUUGCUCAGCCGAGAGCGCCGUGGAGUAUGGCACCUGCCUAUGCUGCGUCAAAGGCCUCUUCUACCACUGCUCGGCCCAGGACGACGAAGACAAUUGCGCCGACCGUCCGUGCUCCUGUGCCCCGGCCCAUGCCUACGCCCGCUGGGGGGCCAUGGGGCUUCUGGCGCUGUGCCUGCCCUGCCUCUGCUGCUACCCCCCUGCCAGGCUGUGCCUUGCCCUGUGCCGAUGUGCCCAUGACAGGGCUACACGUCCCGGCUGCAGGUGCAGCAACACCAACACUGUGUGCCGCAAAAUCUCCGCCGUCUCCAAUCCCAACUCGGGUCAUCCCUCCAUCAGCAGCGGCAAGGCUGUGGAGAAGUCGCUAUGACAGGCUUGGAUGGAGUCGGCGGGGACGUACAGAUGAAAUCCCCGUAGAAAAAAGAAGCCAACUAACUCGUGCUUACCGUUCUUGUAUGACUCCAGCUCAGGAGGGACCAAAGCUUUUACUGUGCCUGUUCGCCUUGGAAACUACAAGCUCAACCUGAAGAAGAAGCUGACUGAACUCUCCUUCCAUCUUCUGCCUAAUCCGGAUGUCUAAUAUGUAUGUAUUUAUUACCAACCCUGCGACCGACCCUUUGCAAUCAAUAAACAGACGGUGGACUGAAUCGCAGCAGACUUAAGAGGAUGUAGAAGCUUUCCGCUAAGGGUUACGGGCGAAGAAACUGUGGACAUUCGCAGCACAUCUGACACCAAAAAGGGACCACACACUGUCAAAUGAAUCUCAAUGCCAUAAGCUCAUUUGUAAAGGAAAAAGCACUAAGAGGUAGAUAGACGGUACUGUGCAGAAGUUGUAGGUCACCAAGGGAAAUCAUGGACUUCCUGAUUCAUUGGGUUUGACAAUCGGACGGGUGUGCCAUUAAGAUUCUGCGGGGGGGUUGACGACUCCAUGGAUGCCGUAGGGACGUCAAGUUGCACCUUUCUUCCUUGGCACAUGCAGCACACCCUCUGCAAAGUUUCAUUGAAAUAAUUUGUGUUUUUCCCUCGGUAGUGGUGGUCCAAGACCUUUUGCGCAGUACCGUCGCACUGUUUUCUGCUGAACGGCGGAUUAUCCAACCGCAGAUUGGAGCGCGUCCAUCCACGGAGUGUGUGUUUGUGUGUGUGCGUGCGUGUGUUAGUCAGCACAAAGACGAAGGAGCCUCCUGUGGUCUUAUUUUUAGUCUUGCUGCUACAUCUUAGCGCUAGCCUGAUCAGGUUUCCACUUGGAAAUCUCGCCAACCGCCCUCAUAAGACCGCCGCCCAAUCCCCCGUAACUCCCACAUCUUUACUCAAUCCAUUCAUAGGGUUUAUCCUAUAAUAAUUUAGACCCCCCAAACGGAAACAUGCCAAGGUGCAUUAUUCCGCCUCACAUAAGCCGCCCAUCCCUCCUGACUCUUGCGCCAGGAGGGCUAAAAGCCUCUGUUUCCUGGGUCCAUCGAGAGUUGAUCAAACCCGCAAUUAGCCUCAUGAUCGCUCUUAAUGGGCCGGACGAGAACGGGCUGGAGGAGGAAGGAGUUGCGGUGUUUUGGGCGCACGGAGAGAGGAAGAAGGAGGGAUGAUGGAAGAAAGGGACCGGUCUCGGAUUUCUUAGCCGGAUAUGAGGGCAUCAGAUGAGUGCAUGUACAGCGUGUGUGCGGGUGCAUGUUUUUAAGUGAAUGUGUGUGUUUUCGGAUGCAUGAAAAACACCCGGCGAAACUGAUAUGUUAAAUGUUCCUUUGCUAUAUUUUUAUAUGUAAAUAGGAGCUAACUGCGGCGAUAAAACUAUUUUUUAUUAUGCUUCAUUACACGACAACAGUGUUAGAACGUGCACUUAUUUCAGUCCUCACGUGAUCAAUGCAGGGACUUUUAGGCAACGUUAAAGUCCGUAGAACAGCUGGCGAUACACCCGGCAACCGCUGUGCAGUUUUGACGUUAGAAGUGGGGAAAAUCAAGUUUGCGGGAUGACUAAAUGUUGCUCCAAAUGUCUCCGACUUUGAUUGACAUUCAUUUUUGGAUCCACCAUUGAUUCUUUAGUGUUACCGAACACCAUCCAUGUAAAACAUCAACGAAAUAUAUGCAAUUCCAUUGUGAUGCAUUGAGUCCGAAACUGUACGAAGACCUAUUAUGCUAAGCUCCACCUUUGAAUCAUCUACAAAAAUGGCCGACAAGCUGUGACAAAAUGAAAAAAAAAAACAUUGGAUAUUUAGGAAUAAUUUUUACGUUUGUCUGGGAAUAUUGUUUCGGUGACACAUUCAAAAUUAAAAAUGAGAGAGUAUAUUAGGGCCUUUGUAAAAAGCAAUGAUUCUCAAACUGUGGUAUGCGGGCUCCAUUGAGUGGUACGCCCAAAUGAUCAUUUGAUUAAAGUACAGUAUUUUAUCAUCUUAAGUUGAAACAGUGUUACUGUUCAAACUGUGUGUAAUGUUACUGGGGCCAAAUAUAUUAAAUAUAUUUGUUAAAUAAAACAGCUGCCUUGUUUUUAAUGAAUACGAAGGCCUACUGCGCUACUGUAUUUUAAUGUUGGUCAUUAUGGUGGUACUUGGAGAUCUAAGGGUUUUUUCUUGGGGAAAAAAGUUUGAGAACCAUUGGUGUAAAUAAAGUAUCAAUUGUUACAAGAAAAAAAAGUGCUCUCAAGACAAGAAAGUCCAGAGAAAAAAGUUGUAAUAUUAUGAAAAAAUUUAAUGUGAAUCAAGAUGUAGGAUUAUUAAAAAAAAGUCGUAAUGUUAUAAGAAUAAUGGUGUAAAGUGUGUGUAUAAUACAUUCAAAAAGUCACACAGUAACAAGAUUAAUGUCGAAAUGUUACGCGAAGAUAUAAUAUUAUGAAAAUACAUUUGCGAGAAUCAAAUCAUCGUGUUACGAGAAUAAAAUUGUAACGUUACGAUAAUAAAAUUUGAGGAAAAAAAGAUGUCAUUAUGCGGGUAAUUUAAUUAGUAAAGGCCUAAAUGUUUAAACUAUUCCUUGAAAAUUAAAUUAUUUCUCGUUGUAAUGCAAGUACAUUGAUUGUUAUAAUAGUACGACUUUAUUCUUAUAAAAUUGUUUGUAAUAUUUCAACUUGAAUAUAUUUUGACUCCUUGUCGAUUUAAGAUUUUUUUUUACCUUGUAAUGAUUUUUCUCGUGAUAUUUUCACUUCAUUUUUACUAUCAUUUUCAUCAAUAUUUUUUAUUUUCAGCGCAGCCUUAACUUCUUUGUAAAAAAAAAUCAAACAAUGUAAGUUUCAUUGUUUUUCCGGUAAUUUCACUAACUUUGUGACGCAAAUCCUACUAAAUACUAUAAGAACACAUGAUCCUGAAAUGACUAAUCUUUUUUUCAAUUCGUGUUAAGCAAACAUCGAAGCAGAAAUCCCUCACAGCUGAUGCAUCAAUUGUAAAUAGGUGCAUCAAGUCGGCCAUUUUUAACCAUCAUGCCUAAAAAGAUCUCGGUGCUUGUUCUUCUUUUGGUUUCCAUUAACACAUAAAGUAUUUGUCCAAAAUGAUGUGGAUUCAGGUACGUUUUUUUCAUUUUUCACGCUGCUAGAGAAAAUGUAGCAUGCUUGUGAACAUUUGACUGAAAGACGCGUGAGGUUUUUAAUACUUUUUUAGUUGCGAACUUUUCAGGCUGCGGCUAACUGUAAUUAUUCCAUCAUUUGUACGAGACUUCCUUCCUUCCGGUGACAAAAAAACAAAAAAAACAACGUUAACAGGCUGCCGCCAUAACCACUAAACUUGUCCUCUUGUGUCUUUGCAACCAAGCAUCGCUUUUGGUACAAAAAAAAAAGAAAAAAAUGGCGCCUCUUGUAUGUUGUAAAGGAAAUUUAAGGAGAGUAUAUGGAACAAAUAUUAUAUAGAAGUCUAUCUAAAAGUGAAUAUAUUAUUAUACAUGAACAAUACGCACAUUUUCUUUUCUGUUUAGUUGCCGAUGUCGUGUCUUUUUGUUUGGAUAUUUAUUUACAGGUCAAUCACCAUAGAUGGCGCUGAAGAGGACGAGAUUAAUAAUGAGAUUAAGAGCGUGGUUUGGAUUUUUUUUUUUUUUCAUCUUUUGUUGUUGUUUUUCUUGCUGUUGGUGUGGCCGCUGCCGCCCUCCAGGCUGAAGAUGAUCCAAUAAAAGGAGCUUUCAGAAACAGACCA